UACCAUUCGAAAAUCUUCUACAAAUACAUAUUUAUCUUGCUACGUUUAUUCGUCAAAAUAUCCAAGUCUCCAUACGCUAACCGCUUCUUUUGAGUAAUGCGUUGCAGGGGAUGAGAUUGUCACUAUUUAUUCAGUUGGCUCUAUUAAUCCGUUAUGCUUUUUGUGAUUAUUAUGACGUCCUUGGAGUAUCUAAAUCUGCCUCAAAUUUGGAAAUUAAGACAGCAUAUAGGAAACUAGCGAAGAAAUGGCAUCCGGAUAAGAAUCCUUCAGAUAAAGCAAACAAAAAGUUCAUUGAAAUAAAUGAAGCCUAUGAGGUACUAUCCAACUCUAAGAAACGGCAUGAGUAUGAUACCUUCGGAAAAGUCCAUUCAGAUGGGAGUGCACCUCCCCCUGGACAUUAUCCAUACCGUCACGAAUUUGUUCAUUCUUCGUUUGAAGAUCUUUUCGAUUUUUUUCCAGGGUUCAACCGUGCCCCACAAUUCUCAACCAAUGUCCUUAAUAUCGACUUUCGAAACUAUCGCCUAACCCACCUCCCACGAUCUCGAACGGUGCCUUUGCUCAUAUUUGGUUAUUCUGAUUUUUGUUUCCCUUGUCGUCAAGUUCGUCCCAUUUGGUCACAAUUAGCAGAUGAGCUUACUCCGUUGGGGAUUACUGUGGCUAGUGUCAAUUUAGAACAUGAUUCUGCACUGCGUGAAGAGCUACGCGUAUUACAUGUUCCGAGUGUGACAAUAGUUGUUGAUGGACAGGUUUCUUAUUACUCUCGAGGUGAUUUCAGUCAUAAUAGUCUUAUUGACGCAUUAAGAAGUGCAAUUAUGAAAUCAAAUCCUUCACACUCUAAGGCGUUACCAAUAUUUCUUAGCACAACAAUCGAUACACCAUUAAUACAAAGUAUUAGUGAUUAUGAUACAUUUAUUAAUACUUUUCAUUAUGGUUGGCGUCGUGACAGUCGACCCAGAAUGGUACUUAUUAAACCAUUAACUUUACCACCGUUACGGUAUUGCGUGGCUGCUUUCAGAGCAGCAGAUCAUUUAGCUGCUGGUUAUAUUAAUUCUGAACCUGGUAACAAUCAUAAUCUGGCUAGGAAUUUCAAUGUAAAUCCAAAUGAGGAGACCUUAUUGAUAUAUCAUGAAGAUUCAAGUAUACCUGUCUAUCGUCAAUCAGCUACAAAAUUAUCACCUACUUUAUUGGAUAAUGCAAUGUUAACUUAUAGUCAAUUAAAUAUCCCUAGAAUAUAUAGUCGUGCACGACUGUUGGAUUUAUGCCCAACUGAUGGAAGUAAACCAACUAGUAAAUAUGCUUUAGAAUCAGAUAAACAUUAUAAUGAUCAUUCUAAUCAUCGUCAUUUAUGCUUAGUAUUAUUGUUAAAUUCAAAGUUAUCCAAUGUUGAACAAAUAAACAGUUGGGGUGAUAUAUGGUUAACUAUGUUACGUCAUACAUUACAAUUAUCUCAAACAGAUUUAUCAAAAUUAUAUCAUACAAAUCAACAUAGUUAUCAUUUUAUGCCUGUACAUAUUUAUGUGGAUCGUCAGAUUAGUUUAAUGCAAAAAUUAAGUACAUCUUCUACAUGUUCAAAUGAAUCGUGUAAUUUACUUAAUGAAGAUAAUAUGGGCCGUUUAGCAUUAAUUUGGCGUAUCAGUUCAACUGAAACAGUUUAUCAAUUUCUUCCCACUAAUUCAAUGUCUCAUCCAAGAACUCAUUUAAAUGAAAAAAUGCUGAAACCAAAUGAUUUAAAAAGUUUAAUCUUGAAAUCUACUAAACAGAUGUAUACUGCUUUAAUGAAUGAUUUAGAAAAUAUUAUCCAGACAGUAUCUAUUAUUGACAAAGUAACUAAUCCAACAAAUCAUUUCAUUCAUUCAAUUGAUAAAGUGGUAUCUCAAUGGUAUCUACUCAAAGAUUGUAUGAUUGAGGAAUUAAUGAUUGAUGAAUUAGUAGCGUCAAUAUGGAUUAGAAUGAGAAAUAGGCUGUUACAAAUUCUUGUGGAUAUUGGGCAUUCAAUGUUUGACCUUGUAAAUCAUCCUUUGGCAUUUGUUUUUUCAAGUUUUAUGAUUAUCAUCGGUUUACUAUUAUUCAGUUUGAUAUCAACACUUGUACAAGCAACAAAAAAUGAACAACAGAAUAAAUGUACAACAGAGAAGCGUUACAACGAAACAAAUCAAGAUGUUAAUACAUCAUUCUCAUCAAACAAUAAUAUUAGUGAUAAAAAUAGUAGUAGUAGUAGUUGUGGUAAUAAUAGCAGUAGUAGUCAGUGUAAAUUUACUGAAGGGUCAGUUAUUUUGUUUUAUUUCUGUUUUUUUUAUUUAUUAAUUAUUUGAUUGCAACGUAUAUGGUUUUCAUCAACCAAUUGAUGUAUCAUUUAGAAGAGCCAUUUAUAAUCAAGGAGCACUGAAACACUGUUUUAGUCUAGUUAGAUAUUCCUUUAUAGUAGUGUACAUUUAUGAUUUAUUCAACACCGUAAUAAGGCGUUUCCCUACAUCAAUAAUGAUGAAUUAGUUUUGAUCAUAAAAAAAUAAUAGAUUGAUUCAUUAACGUAUGUUUGAUCAUAGCUUAAAGUACAUGGAAUAUUUUAAAUGGUUCUUUUCUUACAUCCGUUUUAUUUGUAUAUAUGUCGAUGAGGUUGUGAAUCUUCAUCGACUGGGAUGAUUGGGCCACGUGUUACGUAUGCCUGAACACCGAUUACCACGACGCACAAUGCUGACUAGUGUUGGGGAUGACUGGAAGAAAGUUUGGGGCGGCCAAACCAAAGCGUGGCAUCACUCCUCGAAGUCACUAACUUCUAGUCUUAGCCAUGUUGAUAGAUGCAGACUACUCGGUUGGGGUCCACGUGACUAUCGUAAUCAAUGGUUGGAGAUUAUGGGUGACAUAGCUCAGAGUCGAUCACAAUAGUGUAGGUGUAUACACUCUCUGUCUUCCGUUAAACCAUGACAUUAAAAUUGCUUUGUAUCUUUCUUUCUACCAACUAAUUCUUUCUUCCUGUACUCUAUCGUUAUAUGCAAUCUUUCUUUUAUGUAUCACCACCUCUGAAUUAACUACUUUUAUGAAUCCGGUGUUCAUGUUGCUCUGCUAAUGAGGUAUGGCAUCUUGGACCAAUGCACAUAUGUGUUUGGUCCUACGUUGUAACUGAGUGAUUGUAUAUAUGUAAAGACUGAAUAAAAUCGUCUUUCCUUAAUUAUUAACUGCCAUUUAUAUUUAUUGAUAAGGGUUUUUGUACAGUUUUAUUGUUUAUGAAAUUGUGCAUCGCAUAAUAUACUUAGCAUAUAAAUUCUAUUGUUAUCGUUUCUGUUUUCUCCAAUGAACUAGAAGAAAACUGUACCGACCAUCAUAACGAUCCCUCUUAAAUUUUGCAAUAAUUAGCUUCACAAAAGGUUAUAAGCGUUGUGUAAAAGCACUUGAGUAGAUACUGUUUACAUUACACAUUGAUUUUGCUAAAAGAAACACAACCGAAAACCGGAAAAUUCAAUGUUAAGUUUGUAAAAUAAAAAAAAUAGUGACCCAUAAGUAUAGGUAGACAUCCAUUGUCUUCUGUUCCUUCACUAAUUCACGGAACUUCCUAUUUCCUAAAAUUUUGGUCACAAUAACUGAAAGUUCAACGAGUAGUUUUAAUCCAUGACUCGUGUGGUUUUAUUAUAGAAAUACAAGAUCGCAACUUACAAAUGCUAUGAAUGUCCUCAAAACCUCCUUUUUUUGUUUGAAUCUGAGCUCUGAAAUUUUGUUGUAGAUUAAAAGCCCAUAUUUUCUGUCAUUGGGAUGAUAUCUUUUGAUCAUUAAAUACAUUACCUUUUGAUGUUUUGGAGUAAUAAGACAACAAUGUCGUUAGAAAUUACUAAAAACUGUUGUAAGUAUCAAGUCUAAAGUUUUAGCUAAUAGUAAUACCAUAAAUAUUUAUUAUUCUGUAUUUAUGUCUAGGUCAUCUGCACUUACUCCUAUUGUUUCAUUAAAUCCUUCCACAUAUGAUCGUCUUGUUCGUGAUGCCCCUAAAGGUUUCAGGCUUCUAGUAUUAUGUGUUCGUGGAACUACUCAAGAUAAUCGAUUACGUGAUCAGUUUGACUUCAAAACUCGUCGAGUUUGCGGAAGUCAAAUUCAACGUGCUUGUCUUUCUAUGGAUCGAUAUUCUGGUUGGCUUGCAAAAUUACUUGAAUCUAUCAGAUCUAAUUUACCAAUACAUAUUCGUUCUAAUAAAACUAUGCAAAAGAAUAAGAAUGUGAAUGAUACUACUGAUGAUAAUAAUAAUAAUAAUAGUGGAAUUUUAUUUAUUAAUCCAGUGAACUGUGUUGGAACAGUUAUCGCCGUUAAUGGUUAUCGUCGAUAUUUCAAUCUUUAUCAUCCUUUAAUUCCAGGUUCUCAAAGCAGUUCUGAUGAAAAUUCUGUAAGUGAUACAUAAUUUAAAAUUUUGAUGUUUUCUUAUUCUAAGUUGUGUAUUACAGAGUAUUAAUUUAGUUAUACAGAUGAAUGAAUUCCUCUUGGAAAGUUAAGAAGCACUAUCUGAUUAGUUCAUCCAUAGAAUGUAGUGCAAUCAGGUAACGGUUUGUUUCACAAUUCAUGGUAUAAGUUAGAGAAUUGGAGAUAGUGUCAAAUUACUUGUUACAUACAAUCUGUAGAGACGGAAUUAGGCAUUUGAUGUGAUGAAUACUAUCUUUUUUUUUACUGUGGUGACAAAAUAAUUUUCCACCAUUAUUUUGAACAUUUUGAGUAGUAUAAAAUGGUAUUUCGAAUGCUCAUUAUGCAUGAUAUUUUAAUUUCGUGCAAAGAUCUAAAAACCGCGUUCUGAAUUCUGAUUGACUCAUUCCUAAUGUAUACUUUCACUAUAAGGAACGUAUUCGAAAAAUAAGAAGGUUAGAGUAACUUUAAAACUGAAAAUUGAAGAAAAAAAUAAUGAACACAUCUAUUCCACCGUGAUCGAUUCUAAUCUAUGCUACUUAUAGUCUUCAACCAGUGAUCACGAUUGGUGUAAGCAUCCCAAACAGAUAAUUUUCAUCUAGUGACAAUGCUUAGUACAUCAAACAAUUACUUCAUGUAAUAAUACCACGUCUUCGUUUAGCUGCUGUUAGCUAUUCUUAUGCAAGUCGGCAUAGUUCAUUGAAACAAAGGGUAUUUGGAGAUGUGUUUAAACCACGUUAAUUGAUAAUGGUUUGCUACAUCGUUAAUCGAUUUCCCACCCCUACCUGAGGUCCUACGUUUAACCACAUCACUAACCAUCUAGUCGUUCUAUUCUACGAAGGUGAUACUUCAAAAACAUCUAUCACCAAACAAGCAACCCAUAAUUGUUUACUUCAUACGCGAUAUUCCAUAGCUAUAAAGAGAAAUCGAGCAGACUACUGCUUAUUAUACUUUCCCUUUGAUAUCACACUUAUGCCACACCUGAUGCAUGUUUAGAAAGUCCAAGCAAUCUUCCUGAAUCCAUAUCAUUGUUUUGUUAACCAGUGACUCACCAUUAUUAAUGAAACUUUCAAGUGAAGUGAUCACGUUGCUCAUGUACUUCAUAAUCCAUAAUCAGGUCAUAUGUUGAUUCAAACCAGUACUAAUGCAAAAGUUUGCACUUCUAGGAAGAGUAUUUCAUCCUAAAGUUUAUUGAGUUGUAACUUAAUAAGUUUCACAGAUUGAAGUUUGUCGAAUUUUUAAUCAAAAUGAGACAUUUUGUAAAUAAAUGGAUAUUUUACAUUUCAAGCAUGCCAACUAUUAUAUUUAAAACAUGACACAAUUACACAUUAAAUUUGUCCUAAUAGAUUAAUUGAUUAAAUUUGGAUGCUUCCGUCCUUCAUUAUCGUCUAAAAAUCAGUUAUCUAUGUUAUUCUGUAUUCUUUUUAUCCACUUUUGUGAUAAAUUCUUUUUGUAGACUUUAAGUAUCAUUUUAUGUAUCAUUCAUCUUUUUUUUAAAUAAUAACCAGCCCUUGUAGUCUCAUGUGUGACGAAAUCUCAGCACGGA